AUAGGCUAAGUAGCAGAUCAGAUAAAAAAAAAAGAGCCAAUGGAAUUAAAGGUAAAUCAAUUUAAGUAUUUAAUCUGAAGAAAAAUGAGAGGAAAAAGAUUGGGAAGAAACAAAUAGAACCUCGAGCCUAGCCAGCCGCGGUGUUGUGCUGUGGGGAAGAGAGACAGAUCUGUAAACCCCGGAGCCAGGUUCUGCCGAUCCGACGCCCCUGCUGUGCAGAGACCCUGAGUGAAGCCACCAUCACCAUGUCUGACCAGGAGGCAAAACCUUCAACUGAGGACUUGAGGGAUGAGAAGGAAGGAGAAUACAUUAAACUCAGAGUCAUUGGACAGGAUGGCAGUGCGAUUCGCUUCAAAGUGAAAAUGACAACACAUCUCAAGAAACUCAAAGAAUCAUACUGUCCAAGAGAGGGAGUUCCAGUGAAUUCACUCAGGUUUCUCUUUGCAGGUCCGAGAAUUGCUGAUAAUCAUGCUCCAAAAGAAGUGGGAAUGGAGGAGGAAGAUGUGAUUGGAGUUUAUCAGAAACAAACGGGGUCAUCCAAUGAUUUAGAUAUUCUUUUUAUUUUUUUCUUUACCCUCAAUCCUUUUUUAUUUUUAAAAAUAGUUCUUUUGUAAUGUGGUGUUCAAAACGGAAAUGAAAACUGGCACCCCAUCUCUUUAAAACAUCUGGUAAUUUGAAGUCUAGUGCCCAUUAUUCAUGAUCACUUGUUUUCAUUGUGCUGAUUUUUGGUGAUCAAACCUCAGCCCCCUUCAUAUCGCACUCUCCUGUUUAAAAAAAUUACAUGUGUGCACAGAGAGGCCACCACCUUUUCCAGGACUGUGCAUUUUCAGGCUUGUGAUAAAUAAGGUUGACCAAUGCGAGUGUUCGUAAUGACUUUCCAACCGGCCCUGAAGUUCUAGUAUGUGAUUGCUUCACUCCUGGACUAUGACUUUCAGUGGGAGAUGGAAGUUUUUCAGAGAAGUGAACUGUGGAAAAAUGACUUUUCCUUAACUUGAAGUUUCUUUUAAAAUUUGAGGGUCUUGACCAAAAGAAGAGAAAUAGCAAGCUGGAGUCGAGAUGACAGAGAUCGCGGGAGUAACGACUAACUCCAAAGACAGCUUCACUGAAGAGAAAGCAUUUUAAGAUAAAAGUCUUGUCAGAAGAUCCCAGAAAAGUUCUAAUUUUCAUUAGCAGUUAAUAAAGUUAUUCAUGCAGAAGUGUGUUCAACAGAACACUGUUCUUUUUUAUUUUAUUUGUACUUUUUGGCCUGAGAUAUGGGUUUUAAAUGGACAUUGUCUGGACCAGCUUCUUUAAAAUAAACAAAAUAUUUGUAAAAACGGU